AUGGCGAGCAGCGGCGUGGACGUGGCGCUGGCGCCCAACUCGAGCGUGAUCCUGGAACCGGCGGACUCGCUGUCCUUCCAUCUGCAGCCUCAGACGGCACCCCAGGCGGUGCUGACAAUCCGCAACGUGGCGGAUGAUCGGCAGAUCGCCUUCAAGGUCAAGACGACGCGGCCGCUGCGCUAUCUGGUGCGACCCAACCAGGGUCUGCUGGGGCCCAAUGGCUCAGCCUCCAUCAUGGUGAUCCUACAGCAAAAGGACUGCGACGAGCUGCUGCGACUGGACCCGGCCGAGCGCCAAUUGGCGAACGAUAAGUUCUUGGUACAGAGUAUCUACGUGGACGACAGUUUCUACGAGUUGGUGAAGACUAAAUCCACCAAAGAGAUGGCAGAUGAGCUCACUAAUAUGUGGGCACGCACGGACAAGCGCGCGUUAUCCAACAAGAAGCUGCGCUGUCGCUUUGUGCAGGACGGCGAGGAUACUGGUCGUCCAGCUUCGCCUCCCAGUCCACAGCGAGCGUCGUCAACGAACGUAUCGCCAGCCAAGACAGCAGCAGCCUCGGAAUCGAGGUUCCAGACUAGACAGAGUGAUGAAGCACGAGAAGAAGUGGCCACACCCGCACAACUGUCCUCGGCAUUGCUGCAGGAUGAUAAGCCCAAGGUCGCGGAGAACAGAGAAGGAGGCAAAGAUAUCCAGGAGGUUGCUGCCCUGCGCAAGAAAUAUGAUGAGUUGGUGGCGUUUACAGUGCAGUUGACUGCGCAGCGUGACGUGUUGAUGAGCGACUUGGACAAGACCCGACAGCUACUGCAGAAGGCGAACACUGACGCUCAGCGCGUGAAGAAAAUCCCGGAGGAGUCGACGGGUCUUCGUCAUCGGAAAAAUGGCGGCGCCAACGGUGUAUCUGGUAACGAAGACUCGCAGACGAUCACGGGCAAAGGUCCCAAGGAUCAGGGGGCAUUUGGUCCUCUACAUCUGCUGGUGUGCGCGAUCAUUUUCUUUUUAGUUGGGCGCUACUACUAG